CUAAAGAGUAUAUACGUGGUAUCCGAUGGAAAUGUAAUACGUGUCAUGAUUUUGAUUUGUGUAAUAUUUGCUACAUGUCCGACAAACACGAUCUGGGUCAUAUAUUUCAAAGAAUAGUUUCUGCAAAUGUGAGAGAAAAUAUGCAGACAUCAAGAGAACAGCCAAGGUCAGCAGUAAAAAGACAAUCCUACGGUAUAUUUAAAGAUGCAACGGUUGUUGAAGUAGCUCCAGAAAAAAGCGUUUCUAUAACAGAUGAAAAACCAGGCACCGUCAUAGACAUUGGCGACUGUAAGGUAGACACAGGUCGAAGCGAAGUGGAAGUUAUGUGGGACAAGGAUGAAUCAAAAAGUUCACAUCGGAUUCUGGAUCUAAAAUAUGUCAGGGGAGGGGUUUUUUACUAUUACUAUGCUCACCUGCCUGCUUUAGGAAGAGACUCCCAGGGCUACUUUGCAGUAAAUUUUGUAUUUGCCAAUCAAUUUACAACAAAGAUUCAGGUUGAUAUAUGGCGUAAUAUCCAGCAAGUCAAGAAAGACAUAUUUAAACCAAGCUUGUAUCUGAUAUUUGCAAAUCAUACAGAUGUAGACAAAAAAGAGGAAAAAGGCGAUAACAAUGACAACAUGAUACUUAUGGAAGAAGUACUUGAUUUUGCAAAGAAGACCAAACUUCCCUGUCACGUUGUAGGACAAAGAGUUCUAUUUCACAGCGGUUCCACCAAUGAUGUCUUUAUACACUAUAAAACAGAGAAAAAUACUGUUGAGGAACUUGCAAAGAAAGGCUUCCGUAAAUUCGAGAGGGGAGACAUGGAUGAAGAAAAUGAAGAAGAUGAGAUUCAUUACUUCAUACGAAUGGCAGAAUAUGUCAGUAAAGAACCUGUAUUGCCAGUCGUCAUAUCCUUGCGUAAUGGUGGAAUGACAAGGGAAGUGAUGACAAGUACAGCAAAAUCAAAAAUACCUAUAAUUCGAUUAAAGAAACAAAGCUUGGAUGUAAGCGUUUUAACUCAUCAGAAGCUAGAUUAUGGGUCAGUACAGAUGACAGAACACAUAACAGACAUAAAAAAUCCAUCUAGCAUUAAGACAUCCAAACCAAGGGAUUACACAUUGGGAAAAUAUGACGGAGAGGAUGAUCCAGAUGAAAUAGCUGUAAUUUCAGAGAUUCAGUUGGACUUUCGGGACACUUUAGAUGCUCUCGUUUGCUGUCUUUUAAUCGGAGUGUCGAUGGAAACAGGAUCAAUUAAAGAUAAAAUUUUUGGAUCAUAUACUAAAAUGUAUGCGAACGCCUUAUCGAUGUACCUUUUAAAGGAAGGAAAGUGGAGGAUACCAAAAGAGAAUAUCAAAACGUCUUUUGGUUGUAGAUCACUGGAAUACAUUUAUGAAGAGGAUAUGACAUCAGAAAUUAAAAACGGCCUAUGGUCUUAUCUAAAAUCCAUGACCAAUAUGGCAUACAAAGCUCCUGAUUUUCGAGAAAAAAAAGAAGAUGAUUCAGAAGAUGAAUAUGAAGUAUCAGAAGUAGGGAACACAGAUGAAGAUAACAAAAUAACUAGCAAAAUAGCCAAAGCCAAACGAUUUUUCAAAAAGGAUAAACCAAAGAAAAAAAGACGCACACUAAAACUCAAGGUUUCAACUUCUGAGUUGUACGGCCUUAUAUUAUACGCCCUGUUGAAAAAACAGUAUCAGGCUGGUGCACGACAACUGAUAGAAACAGGAUGUAUUAGGAUUCGUUAUAUUCUCAUCGGAUGUGUAAUCUUAGAAGAUGAAGUCAGCCACUGGAGUACAAAUUCAUUCCAGAAGGAGCAAUUGCAACGAUUCAAACGUGCAAUUACCCAGAGAGCAAUUCGAAUAACAAGCUGUAUUUACGAGGCUGACAAGAAAAAAAAGGAUGUAUCUACGAAAAUAAGAGAGAACAAAUUACACAAUUCUGAUAAAGAUUCAGAAAAAAAAGAAGAACAAGAAUUGGGAGACCAUAUUAACCAUGCUGGACGGCUAUUGGUAAAUCAUGGAUAUAUAGAGGAUGCUAUCAAGACUCAAAAUAAGACUUUUCUCGACAACAGCACAGUGAAGAAUAUCUUAAAUGAAAUGUGGUACGGUACAGAAAAGUUAGAUAUUCAAACGAGUGUGUGCUUCUUUGGUCUUGCUGUUGUGCACAUGAUUGUGUUGCCUUUAUUAAUGAUAAGUAUGGAGGCAGGUCCUUUAAUUUGGUUUUACAAGAAGUAUAAGCUUCCGUUCAUGAAAGUAUUCAUGCAAAUGCUUGGAUUUGUAACGCUCAAUAUUGCAUAUGCAUACAUGCUGUUGUUUGACUAUAGUGAUGACGGAAUUACAAACACGGACUAUUUCAUAAUAGUAUGGAUGGUCAGUUUCUUUGUGGAUGAAACCAAGCAGCUCGUCGUUUCUAUGAUUAGAACAAAAUGGAAGAGUUAUGCAAGUGAUUGUUGGAACUUAUUAGAUUGGCUUUCCAUCAUAGUUUAUGCAUCUGGAAUGCUGCUGAAGUUAUGUCAAGGACCCCGGUGUCGAGAUGCAUCCAAAGUUUUAUUGGUGGCAGCAUUUAUUUUCUUAUCAAUAAGAAUUUUAAAUCUGUUCUGCAUGUCAGCAAUGUUAGGACCAAAGUUAGUCAUGAUACGAAAAAUGGCUCGAGAUACUGUUUCCUUUAUGAUUAUCAUGGCUGUCAUAAUGAUGUGUUACAACAUAUCUUUCCAUGCACUUUUAUAUCCUAAUUCCGAGUUCAGCUGGCUUCAGAUUGAAAAGAUCAUACAAAAUGGUUUCUGGAUGUUAUUUGGAGAACUUAACCUAGAUAGUGACACACUAUCUGAACCGCACUGCACAUUUAACAGAACUGUUUAUGAAAGUACUGAUAUGCAGCGAUGCCCUGCACAGCUUGGUGUAUACCUUACGCCCUACUUGAAAGCCCUGUACGGAUUAAUAGCAGUUAUCUUACUCCUUAAUCUGCUGAUAGCUAUGUACAGUGAUACAUUUCAAAAAGUUCAUCAAGAAUCUGAGUUUUACUGGGCGCAAAUUCAGACUGAUUUCCUUGAAGAAUACAGCCUCAAGACGGUUUUUCCAGUACAUCUUCAAUUACUUGUACUACCAGCAACAAUCAUUCAUGCAAUUCUUUGGUUCAUCUGUCCUCAUCUGUGUGGAAAACUUUAUAAAAGAUGUCGUGGCCUACAGGAUUCUGGAAUUGGGAAUAAAGUAACCCUCAAUUAUCGCCCUAUGUUUGAGAGAGUUUUCUUGUACAACUCAAAUUUUGAUUUAAAGCUGAAAACAACAAAGGAAGCAGAGGGAAAUGGUGCACUAAGAGCAAAAGGGGAAAUAGACAUUUCUGAAAAUGACAGGAUUACGAUGCUACAGAGACAAAUGGAUACCAAUAGCACAAAACAAGACAAACAGAACGAAAAAAAUGACAAACGAAAUGAUAAGAUAAUGGGCAACCAGCACCAUAUGGACAAGAUGUUAAAAGAAAUAAAGACAAUGAUGCUACAGAGACAAAUGGAUACCAAUAGCAAAAAACAAGACACACAGAACGAAAAAAAUGACAAACGAAAUAAUAAGUUAUCAAAAAGUUCCAAAACUCUGGAGAAUUUGGAAGACCUAACGGAAGAUGAGGAUGAUGACCAUCACUUUGGAUAGUCAUCGUCAGAUGAGGAUGAUUCUGACAUUCAGUCUGUGUCAUCAGAUUAAUAUGUUAGAAGUAAAUAAAGUAAAAUUAUUUUUUAAUAAUUUUGUUUCAAUUCAUUACAACAAACAUAGGAAACUAUGCAUACAUUGAUGUCGAUACAAUGAUAAAUAUACGAUAAAUAUACAUGUGUAUACGGUAACUUUUGUUUAUUUGAACAAUUAAAUGCAAAUUAGUUAUUAAAAUCUCAAUAAUGUAUGCAAAAUUAUAUUAACCAAAACAAACCUAAUUCUCUUUCUGCCAUGAGACAUAUUUUUCGAGUGAAUAUACAUGAUUCCACCGCACAUAGACCAAACAUGGUUGUUUUCUUUUUGUAUAAUGGUUAAUGAAGGUUAAUUAACUACUAUCAAAGUAAACACACAUCAUAAUAACAGGCGUAAGUACGCCAUACGUGCGUGUUCUCCUUAUAACAAUCAUCAUUUUGAAAUAUCAAAUUAACAUAGAUUAAUUGAAUGUUAAUAAUAAACCUUUUUUUUAUAUUUUCUGCUUGUUCUGCACAGUGAAGUUGUUUAUAGAUUUCGGAUCAGAAAUCACUGUUCAUAGGAUCUAUACAUUCUGUUCAAUUUGACAAAUCAAUAUGCAAUACGAACAAAAUAAUGAUUCUACAUCAAAAGAAAGCGACACAUGAAAAUUGAACAUUUUAAAAGAAGUUCAUAACAGUUCAUAAAGAUUGAUAUAUGUACAUGUUCUAACAUUUUUUUCAACAGACAUAUGGUUCAUUGCCACAUCUCCUUUUUUUAUAUUUCAGCGACUCUUUUCACAAAAAAACUUACGAUUAAGAUUGAUCGUAAGUUAUACUGAAAUGUGUAUGACUUACGAGUAUUUUUAUUCUUAAGAUUUUUUGUGAAAAGAGCCGCAGGACUAUAUCUUAACAGGUGAAGAAUAGAAUCGUGUCGAACCAAUGCAAAUUCUUUGUGCACUUAUAUGUUUUGUUGCCAGUACUUGAUUCUACUGUGUAACAAAUUCUGGAUUUUACUGUGUUACAAACUCUAGUCAAUAAUUAACAAUACUUAUAAAACAAAUGUUUUUUUAUGAGUAAAAAAGAACUGCAUUCGAUGUAAUCCUUACAAUGUGUUUUCCUUUUUUUUAAGUAGGAAGCUGUAUAAAGAUUGUUCUCAUCAAAUAGAUGAUUUUUCAUCAAUCAAAUUAAAAAAAAAAUUUAAAAAGGGUAUAAUGGUAAUUGCAUUCCUAGCAUAAUAUUAAAAACUGAAUUAAAUUUUAUCUCCCAUUUCCAAAUUGCUCAACAUUUGAAAACAUAAAUCCUGUCCGAUACUUAUUGUUCAUGUUAUUGGUAAUCAUAGAAAUACCUAUAAUAAAGAUUGAUUCACGAUACUUAAACCAUUCCCAUCUAUUUUAGACUGGUUAUUACGUCGUUUCUUGGAAGUGGUUCUUCGUUCUCAUAAAUAUCUAGUCUACAGCAGUAAUGUGCAUCAACCUUUCAGUCAUCUCUUCUCAAAAUAAUAAAUUAAAUAUUGUAUUUUUCAAAUGUAGUGGUGCCUUUUUUUAUGUAAAUUUGUUCAAAGUUUGUUAUACAAGUCAUAUAAAUGGGAUGUGUAUUUACAUUUAAAACCAGUUUUAACCCACUAUUUUACGGAAAAUGUGUGUACCAAAUCAGGUAAAUGGCAGUUGUUUUUCACUUGUUCCGUUGAUUGAUAGCGUUUGAUGUUGACAGUUUUUAUGGACUUCCCCUUUAUUGGAUUUGCACUGGAGUUCGCUAAUUUUGUUAUACUUUUUCAUGUGUUAAUACAACAAUUAAGAUAAGUUGUCAUAAUGUACUAUGAAAAGUCAAAAUUGGUGAAAAAUUUGAAACACAAUAAAAGAACAAAAAAAUAGUAAAAUACACAAAGGAAAAAAAUCAUUAAAGUCCGUAAAAGUAAAAAUGCAAUGACGACUAAAGCAAACUAUGAAAUGGAAAAAGAAUGUCAUAUGAAUGACUAUAAUACGGAAAAUGAAAACAAUUCUAUAAGGCUGUGAUCACUGGUGCUGAUAUAGAAUUGUUUUGAUAAUAACUCCGAAUGUAAGAUAUGAAAUUGGUAUUUUUAGAAUUGAUACUUGCCCUAACCUUCAAACAUUAAAAAUGAUGUAACUAUCAAUCAUAAUGUUAUUCAACUCAAAUGUUUUCAUCGAUAAAACAAUAACAAGAUAUGCAAAUAUAAGGCUAAUGAAAUUUUAGAUAGCUUAUAAUUCUCCUGUUCAAACAAUAAAUAGUUUGUGGUGUGUUCGUUAGUUGUUGUUUUCUUCGGGAAUUUAUAAAAAAGGUAAUGUUGAUGUUACCAUACUUAGAUUUUUUUUUUUAAUUCAAGAUUGCUAUAUAUGUGUUUUUUCACUGACUUUUGAACAAUUUAUAUAAAUUAAUACUAAUUGCAUCCGGUAAGGAUGGAUAUACGUAUUAUCUAUAGGUCUUUAGUUAUAAUGAUAAUUUAAUUGUAUUC